GGCACUUUGGCAGUUUGGCGUGCCGGCGCCGUCAGUACCCGCUGGUAUAUUGUGCUCGCCACUCGGUAGUCGCGGUGUCGCAAUGCGGUGCGCAUCGGUACGGUCGUCGUCCGCGCGCGGUGUACCGUCCAACGUCGGGCGGCCCGGUAACGCGAUAUUAUGGCAAUAAUAUUUUAAUAUAACAGUAUUAUUAUACCGUCGCAUCGCCGCAUAAUAUUAAACCAAAAAAAAAAAAAAGAAUCGCAGACAGUCCGCGAUUUUCUCGUUCGAUCGUAUUAAUUUUUUUCUAGUUGUUACGAAACAUUACAUAACAUUACACCGAUUUUUGUCGAUUACAUAAUAAUUUUUCAAUAAUAUUAUCAUCAUCGUUGUUUCGUUGCUCACCGUUCGCGCGGCGGCAUGGUUGUUGUGACGGUGGUACAGGUGGUGGCCGUCGCACGAUGAGGUGGUCGCCGCAUUAUCAUAAUCACAACAACAACAACAACCCGAUACAGAAUCAGCAGUACCAUCAGUACCACCACGGUUGCGGCGCCGGCGGCGGCAGUGGCAGUGGCGUCGGCAGGCGCGCCCGACCCAGACACGGGUGGCCCGAGGCCGCGGUCGCCGUCUACGCGGCCGUCGCCGUGGCCGUGAUCGUGUGCUAUUGGAACGGUCUGCGCGGCGAUUUCGUGCACGACGACAUACCGGCCGUGGCCAUGAACGCCGACGUGCUGGGCACCGGCUCGCUGGCCCGCGUGGCCACCAACGACUUCUGGGGCACACCGCUGUCGGACCCCAACAGCCACAAGUCGUAUCGACCGCUGACCACGCUGACUUUCAGAUUGAACCAUUAUGUAUUUGGACUUCAACCUGUGUGGUUUCACGUGGUUAACGUUAUACUUCAUGGCCUUUGUAGCGUUUUGUUUGCCCGCCUGUGCAUUUCAGUUGCCGGAUUAGAACAUAAAUAUGGACUUUUAGCUGGAAUUGUUUUCGCUGUCCAUCCGAUCCACACAGAAGCGGUAACGGGAAUCGUCGGAAGAGCAGACGUAUUGGCGUGUCUAUUUUUUCUAUUGUCAUUUUUAACGUAUCAUGACACACGAUGGAAACGCAGAGAACGGGUGUUGCUUAGCUGUACAUUUGGAGCGUUAUCAAUGUUGGCCAAAGAAACCGGGCUAAUGGUCCUUUUAGUAAAUCUGGCUUACGACAUAUAUUCUUCGUGGGGCCAUAUUAAAAAGUCAUUGGUGGAACACAAACAGACUGAGGAAUAUAAUUCAUUCACAAGAAGGGUUCCAAAAACUAUAGCAGCGACAGUUGCACUGUUAACGUUUCGACUGUACAUGCUUCAAGGCAGUUUACCGAAAUUUACUGAGCCGGACAAUCCUGCAGCGUUCCAUGACAGCUCAAGAGUCAGAUUUCUCAGCUAUAGUUAUGUGGCUGCGUUCAACCUGUGGCUGAUGUUAUGUCCAUCGGCUUUGAGUCACGACUGGCAAAUGAAUUCACUACCGUUGGUCACGUCUUUGUAUGAUAUCAGAAACAUUGGAACAUGUGUAGCUGCAGCAUUCUUGUUGUGCAUUACGUGCAAGAUAUUAUCCGACAUGGACACACAAAAACAUAGUCCUCAAGUUUUGGCAGCUCUUUUACUCAUCAUCCCUUACAUUCCUGCUUCCAAUCUUCUAGUGACAGUAGGAUUCGUGGUGGCUGAAAGAGUACUGUACAUACCCAGCAUGGGACUCAUUUUGCUAUGCGUAUAUGGACUUCAAACUAUCCUGAAUCACAAAAAAUCAUCGAACAGGGUGGUAAUGACGACGAAAUUCUUUGUGGGCUUCACACUAUUCGUAUUCGUAGCUAGAACCGUACUGAGAAAUAGUGAUUGGAUGUCUAGACCGACAAUCAUUAAGGCCGGUUUGAAGACUCUGCCACACAAUGCCAAAAUGCACUAUAACUGGGCGAACUACCAAAGGGACGUAGGGGACACGCAAACAGCUGUAAAUCACUACAGAGAGGCGUUAAGGUUAUGGCCAUCUUAUGCGAGUGCUCACAACAAUUUAGGCACGCUGAUGGAAAGGUCCAGGGAUGCUGAACACCAUUUUUUGGCCGCAAUCCGAUAUUCACCAGGGCACGUUAACGCUCAUUACAACUUGGGUCAAGUGUACAGGUUGAUGAACCGGACCAAAGACGCAGUGGCCAUGCUGGAACGAUGUCUCAUGUUGAACAACGGUUACACAGCUGCAUACUUGCUGUUGGCCAAAUUGCACACGGGAAGCCAAACUGGACGACUGUUGAAACACGUUGCUGCCUAUCAGCCCAAAAACCCAGAACAUCAAGCUCGUUAUGCUCGUUGGCUUCGCGAUAACCGUCGUGUGGCCGAGGCUUUAAUUUAUUAUAAAAGAGCCAUGGCUGUGAAUAUGGAACACAGGGAGUCUGUUUUGGGUUUAGCCCGUGUACUUAGAGACCGAGGACAGAAAUCCAGAGUUUACAGACUUAUAACUUGGUGGCAGUCGACGAGACGCAGACACUCGGUGCCCGGCGGCGGUCGGAUCGUGUUCGCCGGCGAUCUCUACGUCAAGGGAUGGCAGCUGUACAAACAGGGCCAGACCACGGCGCCUCUACCUUCGGCCGGAGAGCCACCUCCGAGACGACAAAACACUGACGGAAAAAUGUCAAUGUGCAACGGUGUACAACUAUCCCACGUGAUGAUCCCUGGAAAGUGACAGUGGAUUAAUGAAAAACACGUAAAGAAAAUAUUAUCUUCGAUCGGUUGACGGUGGAUAAAUGCAGACGACCAGGACUGUAGACGAGGGAAUGGCAUACGAAACAAAAUAAACGAUCAUUAUAUACUAUAUAUAAUAUAUACCUAUACUUAUUUGCUAUGAUAUUAUUAUAUAAAUAAAACAACUGUAGCCGACGUAAAAAAAAAAUAUAUAAUAUUAAUAAUAAUAAUAAUAAUUUAUGUUAUAAGAAAAAAAUAAUAAUCAUUGUUUACUGAAAUAAUAUUUAUUAUGGACUUGUAUAAUAAUAUAGUGAUUUUAUUUGUAUAAAAUUGAAAUUUGCUACCGAA